AUGCAAUCAAAUAUAAGUAAUGUGUUGAGUCCGAAAGGGUGGUUAGAGUGGGAAGGUGCCCCUGAAUAUUUAGAUACAUUAUUUUUUGCGGAAUAUAUGAAUUAUGGGCAAGAGGCUAACACGAAAAAUCGAGUGAAAUGGUCAGGUUAUAAUUUGUUGAGUUUUAAUCAGGCUAGUAAUUUCACGGUGGCCAACUUUAUUUUAGGAGAUCAAUGGUUACCUUCAACAGGAAUACCGUUUACUAGUGGAUUAGUGAAUUAA